CAAACGCCACUCCCGGGCCGACCCAGCGCGCGAGUCCCGGGCAUCCCGUGGCGCGUGCGCUCUUGCUGAGCCUCCCCGACUCCUCCUUCUGCGACUCGUCCCCGCUGCCUCCCUUCGCCGCUCUUCGGGCGGUCAUUGAAAAGGAUUUUGCGAUUUGGAAUAAUGGAUGAACAAUCACACGGUGUGCCAGGUCCUCCUGUGCCUCAGUUUCAACCACAGAAAGCCUUACGACCUGACAUGGGCUACAAUACUUUAGCCAAUUUUCGGAUAGAAAAGAAGAUUGGCCGUGGACAGUUUAGUGAAGUCUACAGAGCUACAUGCUUGUUGGAUGGUGUGCCAGUAGCUUUAAAAAAAGUGCAGAUAUUUGAUUUAAUGGAUGCAAAGGCACGUGCUGACUGUAUUAAGGAAAUUGAUCUUCUUAAGCAAUUGAACCACCCCAAUGUAAUCAAAUAUUAUGCAUCAUUUAUUGAAGACAAUGAGCUAAACAUUGUGCUGGAAUUAGCAGAUGCUGGAGACCUUUCUAGGAUGAUCAAGCAUUUUAAGAAGCAGAAGAGGCUGAUCCCGGAAAGGACAGUUUGGAAAUACUUUGUUCAGCUGUGCAGUGCCUUGGAACACAUGCAUUCCCGGCGUGUCAUGCAUCGAGACAUCAAGCCAGCAAACGUAUUCAUUACUGCUACAGGAGUAGUAAAACUUGGAGAUCUUGGAUUGGGAAGAUUUUUCAGCUCUAAAACCACAGCUGCACAUUCUCUAGUGGGAACACCUUAUUAUAUGUCUCCAGAAAGAAUCCAUGAAAAUGGAUAUAACUUCAAAUCAGAUAUCUGGUCUCUAGGAUGUCUGUUAUAUGAGAUGGCUGCAUUGCAAAGCCCCUUCUAUGGUGACAAAAUGAACUUGUAUUCUUUAUGUAAAAAGAUAGAACAGUGUGAUUAUCCACCCCUUCCAUCAGACCACUACUCAGAAGAACUCCGACAAUUAGUUAACAUCUGCAUCAACCCGGAUCCAGAGAAACGACCAGAUAUAACCUAUGUUUAUGACAUAGCAAAACGCAUGCACGCCCGCACAGCCACCAGCUAAAAGAUUUUCCCCGUGGAAGGAACCAAAACAAGUUGUGAACAUUUAAGCGUUGAUAUGCUUUCUUCCCAAUUUUUUUUAUUGUCUAUUGCUUAAAUUUACUUAUGUGUCAAGGUUAUAUUAACACCUUUGUUACGUAAUUUAUAAGUAAAGGCUACUUAUAUUUUUAAAAUUUAAAGUAUGAGAUAGUUUUAAACAUAGGUAAAUUGCUGUUACAACUUAAGAGUAAUUGCACUUCAUUUAUACAAUUAUUGAAUACAAUUAUUGAAUAAAGGAGAAACAUUUUUAUAUAGUUUUAACUUUUAUCUAACAUGUCUGAGUUGCAGGUUUUCUUAGGAAGAUAACUGUUUAAUUCCUACAAGCAAAAUGGACAUGAAUAUGAUGAAAGCAUAAUUACUGAAUUUAUUAUUCCUUAGUAAAUUUAUUGCUGGUUUUCUUUCUAUCCCUCUCCCGGGAAUUUAAAAAAAUAUAAAAAAAAACAAUGUAUAGUUUUGCUUGUCAAAAAAUGUGUAUUUAUUCGACAUUGAGCUUUAAGGCAGUUUUUGAAUGUGAAAAUGUGACUUUUUCAACUGGUUUUUUUGACAUAUUGUCCCACACUGGGAAAACAAAGGAGAAGAAAUCUGAUCAAAUUGUUCGUUAUCUAGUCUUGUACUGUAUUGUAACCCCAAUCCCUAAUUUUGAUUUCAAUAACUGAGAGAAUUUGCACAAUGUCUAGGAGUUAGAAUCAGGUUCGAAGGGAUGUUAAGGAUCACCUGGUCCAGUUCCCCACUUCAUUUGUACUGCAGGUUGUCUCUGCUAUCUCCCUAACAGAUGGCUUAAAUCAGCGGUAUCAAAACUGGCGGUCUGCAGCCCGGAUUCAUCACGUGCAGGCCACGCCCACCCUGGCUCUGCAAAGGCAAAAAACCUUGCAAUGCAUCGUAAUACAUCGUGAUCAUGUGACAUGAUCGAGUUUGACACCCGUUUAACGACUUCCAAGUCAGCUUGUUCCACUGCCUUAAAGUUCAAGCUUGUAGCUGUAGUAUCAUCAUUCUUCAAAUCUGUGGCUACUAAGGGUAAGAUCCAGUUAUAAAUUAGUUUUCAGUAUUACAUUGCUAAACCCAUAAAAAUCAGAGGACUUGUAGAGUACUUAACUUUGGGCUGGAUAGUUAUGUAUGUUAAUUGCAUUGGCAUAGAUGACUCCAAGAACCUUAAGAGAUUGGGGUUUAAAAGAAAUUUGCUUUGAAGAACAGUAUUUUCUACAACAUCUACACAUUGGAUGAAUCAAGGCCACUUCCCGACCUGUGCAGUGUAAUUUCUUCAUAGCAACAUCCAACCACUGCUGAAAUAACAUAAAGCUGUCCUCAUUACUAUUGUUUUGGCACUCUGAUGUUUGGAUGACUAUAUAGAAAAUAUUACAGAUGUUACAGAAGUACUUAUGUGUGGGAAAAUCAUCCUGAGAUAUUUGAAAUAUGAGGGGCACUUAAAAUAAAUGACUAUCAUUUGGAAGAUCCUUCAAAUUGUUUACAUAGAAUAAUGUCUCCAUAUGCUGUGAUUCAUAAUGCUGAAUGGAGGCCAUUGUGCAUGUUUGUUUAUGUAAUUAGAACCUAAUGAUAAGGUUUAAUUAUGUCUGUGGUUAAGCCUCAUGGCAAUAGGUAAUCCACUGCUGGGCAGGAUUUGAUAUGAAUUAUCAAUUACAGUGAAUUAUCUGCUUUGAAAACCCUUUAUUAAUUUAAAAGACAAUAAUAAUUGGCUGGAACUAAAAAACAAGUUUUGAAUUGGUGAAGUUUUUGUUAGCCUUUAGAAUGACCUGAAAUGAAAUAGAUCAAUAAAGCAAUAAAUAGCAUGCUAUCAUGAAAGAGAAGAAUAUUAAUUUAUAACUUUAAGAAAUUAUGUAGAUAAAGGUCUGAUUGUUUAACAUGUUGAAGUUCAUAAACAAGGCUUCCCCCUAUGAUAGAGUCCCCCAGAUGUUACACUGCAGUUCUCAAAAUCUGCAUCUAACACAUUGCAGACAUUUUAAAAUUAAAGGAUUAUAUAAAGUUGGAAUCCAUAAUAUAACGAAGAGGUAAUGAAAAAAAGAAACUCUUCAAUCUUUCUUUGUGAAUAUUAAUAGAUUAGUACCCUGUUUUCCCCAAAAUAAGACAUCCCCUGUUAAUAAACCAAAUCGAGCUUUUGAGCGGAUGGCAAUAAAGCUAAGCGCUUAUUUCAGGGUUCAAAAAAUAUAAGAAAGGGACUUAUUUUCGGGAAAAUACGGUACCAAUUCAUCAUUUAUUUCAGUCACAUACAUGACUAUAAAAUUAUGUGUCAUGUCAUGAUUACAGCCAGCCCUGGUCUUUCCCCCUUUGCAAUGAUCUAAGUAAAAUAUAAGAUUCCUGCCCAGCUGUCUCCUAAAGGUGAAGCAACACUGUCCAUUUCUCUACUCUUGCUGUUCUAUUCUAGCUAGAUAACUGAUUUUUUUAAUCAGGAUUUUUUAUACAAGAUUAGUGGGAAUAAUGGGUUCUGUUGGCCACUAAUUGGACAGGUAUGAAACACACACUUUUUGUUGCAUCAGCUUAUGUUAAUGUGAUUUUAAAUUGUAGGUCCAGUAAUGUUUGGAGUAUAGUUAAAACUUCAGUAUAACAUCUAGUCAUAGAAGCCAUGAGGGAGAAACUUGAAAUUUUGCCUUUUCCCUUAGUGCAUGUUUGACUUCGCAGGAAAAUUCAAAGAAAAUGAAAAAUGCUAAUGCCUGUAAGAUUCUUUCCUCUUUUUUUUUUUGCUAGGGAUAAAACUAACAUAAUAUUUGUUAAAACAUUGAAUAAAAUAAUAUCCCAGUCCCUCGUUCCCACCAGAACAUUCAUGCUUUCCUAUGCAAAAAUAUUUCAGAAUUCUGUAUUUUUCCUCCCAGAAAGAGGCAUUUAAAAUAGCUUCUUGAAGAGAAGAAGCUGUAGCAUUUAAAAUAGCAUAAUCUUCAUGUGACCUUUUGGUAUGCAUAUUUGAAAAAGAGAUUUACUGAAUACACUCUCAAGUACAUAUCACUAAUAUUGUGUGUGUGUGUUUGUGUGCACACGCACGUACAUGACUACCUUACACAAAAUACUUUGGACAGUUGUUUCUAACAAUAAACAUUGGGAAUAAUUUUGAUAAUAAUAUGUGGACUGAGUAUGUAAAUUAAUUACAUAAGUAUGAAAAAGUUACAGGUUUCAUAUACUGUAUCUGCUGUUAGCAUCAGAUGUACUGAUUUUAAGCCUUAUUAAACAGAGCAAGCUUGCUCCAAUCCUGCUAUUUACCAGCAAAACCAAGAUCAAGAUAAUCCUUAAAUUAUCCUUAAAUCAUGAUCAAGAUAAUUUUUUCUCCUCCCUAGUACCAUCCCUUUCUCAAGAAUCAAGUCACUGUGCAUUGACACAGAAAUCCCAUUCAUACAUUGCAGUAAAUAGUGAAGUUCCAUCCAGAACACUGAUAUACCGAGAAGAGUUAUCUCCAAACGUGGGACUACAACUCCCAUUGUCCACAGUUAGCAUGCUUAGUGACCAUAUUAGGGAAUGUGGGAAGGCAAAUCUCUGUAGGCUAGGUAUCCAAGUCCAGCAGUGUAGCAGGUUCCAAAGCCAUCUUUGGAUCAUAAUACUUUGCUAAGGGAAGGACCCAUCAAGCACUGCUAGAGCAGUGUAGGAGCCAUUAAAUUGUAGUCUCUUGAACUAUUAAUGAUGUUUUGGAAUAUAAAAUAGAUUUCUUAAUAUCUUGAUAUGACUAGCAGGGAUGUGUGUUGGCAACUAUCUGUUUGAUCUCACCGAUAUAAUAGAAAGUUGCACAAGAGGCCAAAAAGAACUCAAGUUCCUGACAGCAUAAGGUAGGAGGAUGGCAACUGGGCCAUUUCUGCCUCUAAACCUUCAUUCUUGGCAGAUCUAGUUCCAGUUCAAGAUCAACAGGGCUCUCUAGCAAGAUCCACAAGAACAACAUACUCAAGUUCUCUUCAUCAUUGCAUUACUGCAUCUGGGUUGCAUAUAUCUGAAAAUUACCAGAAGGCAGCAAAGUACAUUUUUCUGUAUUGUCUAGUUGAUUUUUACAGUGGAAAUCGGGUAGCCCAAUUCUGUCCACGCUAAACUGUUUUACAUAUUUAGCAAUUGCUAAGUAACAAAUGCCUUAAUUUUUCUUCUGCACUAUAAGAAAAUACAUAUAUUUUCGAUUUCAUAUAUGGGUACUGUUAAUACAUUUGCUGUAUUUAUUUUAACCAAGCUGUUUGCUUCUUGGAAAUAAAUGUAUUCUGUAUACUAAACAAAACCGAACAUAAUAUGCAUAGUUUUAUAUUCAGUAAUAUUGUAAUAUUUCUGGCUUUAUGAAUAUUUGUGUUGUGUUUGAUUUCUAAAUAUACUCUUGCACAGUGAUUGUACUCAGUGUUCAGAAUUUUAUGUUGUACCAUAUCUUAAUAUAAAGAAUGCAUAGAUAAAAUAUAUGGUAAAAUAAACCCACCUAAAUUUA